AUAGCGUGUUUCUUGUCAUGAUUAUUGUUUCUGUUCGGCUAAAAUUUGCCUGGAUGUCGGCAGUGAUCCUUCACUACAAGGCCGCUGCGCCUUCGCUCUCUCAGCUGCUCUGGUGUAGCGGCUGUGUAAAUUGAUAGGCUUCCCUAGGGAGUUCAAGUCCAGUUGGCUCAUUAUCAUCAGAGGACCAUGACUUUGACCCAACAGCAGAGAUGUUAGUUCAUGAGUAUGAUGACGAGAGGACUCUGGAAGAGGAAGAGUCUUUGGAUGGAGGCAGGAAUUUUAGUUCUGAGAUUGCAGAUCUGGAAAAGGAAGGGAACAUGCCUUUGGACGAAUUGUUGGCUAUCUACCGCUAUGAAGCCUCUGCAGGCUCUAGUAUAGACAGUUCUUCUGGAGACCUCACUGAUGAGCUUCCUGAUAUGACUUUGGACAAGGAGGAAAUAGCAAAAGAUCUGUUGUCCGGAGACUAUGAGGAAGAGACUCAGUCCUCAGCCGAUGAUCUUACCCCUUCAGUCACUUCCCAUGAGGCCACAGAUUUUUUCCCUAGAACACUUCGAUCCAAUGCUGUUUCUGAUGGAGAUAAAGAGUCGGAAUGUGAUGAAGAUGGACCGAGUCCUGAAGACUCCAGAAAGGAAAUAAUGGUGGGAACAGAUUACCAAGCAGAGGUUCCCUCUUGCCUCUGUCACUACAAAGAUGGAGAGAGAGUGUAUGAAGAUGAAGACGAGUUAUUAUGGAGCCCAGGUACAAUGCCAGAAAGCAAGGUUAGGAGUUUCCUCUUUGAAGUGUUGUCACGGACAACAGAUGAAAAGACGGGAUGUGACAAGCAAGGGAUGCAUAUUCGUGAUAAUGAGCAAGCUUUGCAUGAGCUUGUAAAAUGCAACUACAACACACGUGAAGCACUAGAACGACACUGCAGCCAUGUAAAGUCCUCUAAAGAAAAAUCACCUCCUUGGUCAGAAGAAGAAUGCAGGAACUUCGAACAUGCACUACAGAUGUAUGACAAGAACUUUCACCUCAUACAGAAACACAAAGUAACAACACGAACAGUAGCAGAAUGUGUCGCAUUUUAUUACAUGUGGAAAAAGUCGGAGCGCUUUGACUUCUUUGUGCAGCAGAAUCGGUUUGGGAAGAAAAAGUACAGCAGUUAUCCUGGUGUUACUGACCUGAUGGACAGACUGGUGGAUGAAGCAGAAGGGCUGGCAGUGGACAGUUCGUCUUCUGUGUGUUCGGGAGCAGGUGGAGGGGGAAGGCUGGAGACGACUGCAGACCAGCAGCUCAGCUUGCUCAACUCAAUCACAGCCAGCGACCUCACAGCUUUAAGUAACAGUGUAGCGACCGUGUGCAGCCCUGCAGAGGUUAGUUGCUUGGACUCUUACACCUUUCCUCCUCUGGAAAGUCUCCACCGUGGCUCCCUGAACCAUGACGAAUCCCUUGGGUUUCCUUCCAAUGGUGCAGACUCCGACUGCCUCAACAUGCUUGAUGCUGGUUUCUACCACUCUGACCUAGGCCAGCUAGGAGGCGUGUGUGUUAACAAGGACUGCGAGCGGCCCUCUAAAAGACUCAAGAUGGCACUGCCUGACUCAUUUAUCAAUGAUGUAUCUGUGGGUAACAUUGGAGUAGACUUUGAAGCGAGACGGACAACAACAAAUCACCACAGAAUCACUGGCGCAAAAAUGGCAGUUUCUGUCACAGACUUUGGUAGCUUGGCUGGCAGCGGCGAGCCCAAUGGCUUUUUAGGAGCUCAUGCACGGCACCACACACAGCACACUGCAGCACUUCAGUCAGAGUGAUCUUCCUCAAAUUUUUCGCUUUUUGAAAUCCUUAUCCCACUUGUACAUAAGACUGACCUCACUGGAGAAUCCGAUUUGUUUAAAUUCUAUUAUAUAUAUAUAUAUAUAUAUAUAUAUAGAUAUAUAUCUAUAUGUAUAUGAAUAUACUUUUGUUUUCAUUUUUGUGUAAUAUGACAUCAGUGAUGUCUCUCAUAUAGAACUAAAAUCUUGAUUUCUCUCAAGAGUUUAUAUAGCCAUUUAUUUUAUUUGUUAACGUCCGUGUACAGUGGGGCCCAGAGACUGCAGUAGGAGAGUUGUGUGUCUUCCUCCCUCACAUCUGCACGCAACCUCUUCAGAGUUUGUCAUCCUGCCAUUCUUUUCAGCUGCCAAAACUGGUUUAUUUCUGCCUGUAGUGUUGGUAAUUGGUUGCCUGUUUAUUUUGAAGUGGUACUUAAAAUUGGUGUUUGGUUUACAGGUACUUUUAGUGACCAGGCUGGUGCAAAUGGUAUUUGUCCCUAGGUAAAGCUGGGUAAAUAUUGUAUGAAGAGCAACACUAGCAUGAACAUUAUCUUGAAGACCAGGAAGUGUUGUGGCUUCAGCCACAAGGCCUUCCAAUGGUUUUCCUCAAAUGUACCUUCUCCUGUGGAAGCUUGUCUGUAGUUGGUCUGCUUGUUUACUUUAAAACCGUUUAAAGUGGCCAAACUGGAACAUGUGAAUGUUUGCUACGUUUCUUUUUUACCCCCUCUUUUAGUACAGUACAUUCUAGUUUCAUUCAGUUUCUUUACAUUUUGAAAACUGAUAAUGGAAAAAGCUUUUGCAUGGUAACAGCCCAAGUCACAUUUAUAUCACCUUUUUUCCCUUUUUAAAUUCUGCUUAAUUUCUAAGAUCACUAAGUUAAAUAUAACAAUGCAAAGAGACCGGUUGGGUUAAUAGCCAUUAUAACAUGCACUGCAAGCACAGUGUGUAUUUAUUGCAUAUAGGUUGGUAACAUUGUUUCAUCUUGUUAACUCAUGCAAAUAUUAGGCAUGCUUAUCUGUAUCUAUCUGUCCUUUUUUUUUUUUUUUUAGUUGUGUAAACAUUUUUCUAGACCAAGUAGUGCAGUCUUUAGAGGACCUGGCACACUUGGGUAAAUCUGCUAGCAGUAUUCUCUUUAUUUAAACCCAAUUAUUUUUUUUGAAGUUCUGCCUAUACUGUACUGACUGGAGAACGCCUUGUAGGAUCUGGUUGGCAUUUUUGUGGAGUAAUAGCAGUAAUGUUUAAUAUUCUCUUGACUGAAGUGUGUAAUUUUGAGGUGUAAAAUGUUUAGCGGGUUGUCAGCUGGUUGGAUGCAGUAGUCGAGUUUACUUAAUUUAUCUAUGCAUUGUGCUAUGAAUAAUUAGUUUGUUUCAGGGGUACAUCAUGUUUGUCAGUGUUUCCAUAAUGUUUGUACAGACAAGAGUCAUGCCUCUAAAGUUAGAUCCCACUGCUUAGUUUCCAUGCCCAGCAUCAAAGAUUAUUCAUUUGUUUCAUGUAAAUAAUUAGCAAAUAGCCUUUAAAAAGUCUAUUAACUGACCUCCUACACUUGUGAAUCUGUGUUGAUACAAAGGUUUUAAUUUGAUUCCUUGUCAAAAAGGCAAUAAUUUGUAGAUAUGUACAGCUAUUUUGAGGUUUUGCAUUGUACCAGUUGACUGGUGUUUGAAUUCCUUUUCUCUUUUUGCAUUACCCAGACACCAGGGCACAGCUGAAACCACGCAUGCCAGCUGUGUCUGCUUCUCAACCACUGAAAACGGCUUUACCGAAAGACGUAUUGAUAUUAAUGUUGCAAUUUUGCAUUCAAAACUUGCAGCCAUGUGUAAAAGACAUCUUUCUAGAAAAACAACAAAAAAAAAACGUUUUACAUGUCGUCGAUAAUUGUCUUGAUGGUAAAGGGAUGGCUGCUGCUCUAUGUGGAGAGCUAGUUUCUUUUAAUGCAGUGUGCAUAAUGCAGUAGGUCCUCCAAGCUCUUCUAGCUUUAGCAGUGCCGUGAUAUUUAUUUCACCUGUGGUUUGUACAAAGACGCAGAAAAUUGUCAGAAUGUAAAGGCCAUUAAGUAGUAGAAGUAGAUUUUUCACCACCCUGUGAACUCUCGAAAAUGUGAUUUUAUUGGUAUCUCUGGUAUGAGACUUGUGUGUGCGCAAGAAAGCACUAAACAAAUUUAUUUUA